AUGGAUAAAUAUGGCUUAAAGGGGCUAGUUCAGGUCAUAAAACAUGAUAAACAGUAUGAUCCAUCUAUGACGAUGGGGAUGGAUCUUUCGUCGAUGCUUCAUUCCCUACAGGUCUCGGACAUGGAUUCGACCAAUACCACUGUAAGCAAUGAUCAUCACGCGCUUGAUACAUUCCCAUCUCCAUGGGUUGAAACUUCGCGAAGUGAGGUAGAACCUAGGUUUACGAUUCCCGAGUCUUUUAAGAAUAUAGUAGGAGUUUUGGGGCAGCAAUCAACAGACUUUACUAGUGUGGCGAGAGAUCAUCCACGAAUAUCGCUAUUACAGGACGAAACUUUGUUCUACCUCUUUUACAAGCACCCAGGAACAGUUUUGCAAGAGCUGACGUACUUAGAAUUAAGAAAGCGGAACUGGCGCUACCAUAAGACGCUGAAGGUUUGGUUAACAAAGGAUCCACUCAUGGAGCCUAUUGUUUCCCAGGAUUCAACUAGUGAGCGCGGCUCCUAUGUAUUCUUCGAUCCGCAGAGAUGGGAUAAGUGCGAGAGGGAUUUCGUGCUGCAUUACAACGCUAUCAUGUAA